GAAAUCAAACAAAAACCACAAUGAGUUUAACACGAAGCUUUAAACCCUCUGCAAAAUUUAGCAAUAUUGUAUACACAUUUGUUGCAUUUACGGUAGUGAUUUUUACUGUUGAUUUGCACGUAGAAGCGAAGCAAGUGACACUGCUGCCUCUAACGGCUCAAAAGGUUUAUCAACUUUUAAGAAAAAAUUACAAUCUAGAUGCUAUACCGGAAGGAAGAGUAGUAACACAAGGCAUUGCUGCUGUUACAGGUUUCACUUUGGGUCUCAAGAAGGCUGUGGGAGCCGCCUUUCUUUACGAUAUAAUAACGGCCAAUAUAACGGAAGAUGCGACGAAUCACACUAUACCCAUGUACUUGACACAAGAGAUAUGCUUUGGAUCUAGGGCAGCUAGGAGCCUGUAUGAGGCUGAGGCCAUAGCCGAAGCUUACAGUCGUUUAGAGGAAAAAGAUAAUACUCAGCAAGCAGCUAUACGCAGAAGCCAAGAGAAGCGUUUAACAAAACCGAAAAGAAAUAGAACAAAAAACAUCAAUAAAAGAAGACAAAAACGACCGCAAAGAAUAAAAGUAAUAAGAACUAACCAUCCAGAAAUGGUAGCAGCCAACACAUACGCAGAAACUGCUGCUUCAGAUGCCUCAGAACAAGCUGGCACACAAGCAUCGCAACCUACUGCCGCAAAUACCGCAACAGGAGCUUUAGAAGAAACAGACUUAAAUGCGGGCACUAACACGGAUACCACAUCCAGCACCACAACAAGUACGGAUAAUGAUCAGACUAUAACAUGUAUUGUAAUACAAAAACCAAAGCAAUAAUAAUCAACAACAACACCAAAAUAUUCUUCAUAA